AGAAAUAGAAAAAUAGUUACGUCCCUUCAUUUCUCUUGGAAAAAUAGUUUUAACAAUUUAUUGCACAUACAAAUAGUACACAAUGCUUGGUGUUCUCGUAAUAAUCAUCCCUCAACAUGUCUCUCACUACGUGAUGUUGUCAAACGUACUUAGGCCGAGGCAACAGCUCGAGGAAAAGUGUUUUUGUGCAAUCUCCCUCAGUGCCGUGCUUGCUUCGAGCACCCAGCUCUUCUCAAGGCGCCCACAUCACCAAAAGCGAUGCGCCUCAGAGAAGAGAUGGGGUGUGUUUUCUCAGCCUCUCCUCGCCUCAGCUCGGCGGCAGCCGCACUCCCAGCCCCGAGGGGCCGCCCCAGCUAAUCCUGGCUCGCCUGCCCGCUCCGGCUGCGGUAGGAGGAUCCCGGGGAGGCGCUACCUCCCUUCCCUCCCCCUCCUGGCGGCUGAGGAGGCGCCUGAGAGAGGCUGCACCCUCCCCAGCCCCACUGCAGGGAGGAGGAGGAAGAGGAGGAGGAGCCGCUGCCUGCGGGGAAGGGGGACAGAGGCACAAAUCCAUAUGGAGGAUGAAACUCUUCCUGCUCAAGAAGUCAGUGCCAAGGUCUUGGAGGCAACAUUGUUGUCAGCCCUGAAGAUGCUGGAUGUUGGGAAAUGGCCAAUUUUUUCUCUUUGUUCACAAGAAGAGCUCAAGUUAAUUCGUCAAGCUUGUGUGUUUGGCAGUGCUGGUAAUGAAGUGUUGUAUGCAACUGAAAAUGAUGAGGUUUUUGUGCUUGGCAUGAACUGCAGUGGGUGUUUGGGAACAGGAGACAUCCAAAGCACUAUUGAACCAAAGAGAUUAGAUUCUCUGUGUGGCAAAAAGAUUGCUUGUCUGAGUUAUGGAAGUGGUCCUCAUGUUGUUCUUGCUACAGAAGAAGGAGAAGUGUAUACAUGGGGUCAUAAUGCUUAUAGCCAGUUGGGCAAUGGUACAACAAAUCAUGGUUUGGUUCCCUGUCAAGUCUCCACUAACUUGGUGAACAAGAAAGUCGUUGAAGUUGCUUGUGGCUCUCAUCAUUCUAUGGUGUUAACAUCUGAUGGAGAGGUAUACACAUGGGGUUAUAAUAACUCAGGCCAGGUUGGGUCUGGCUCAACAGCUAAUCAACCAAUUCCUCGAAGAGUUACCAGCUGCCUACAAAAUAAAAUAGUAGUUAACAUAGCUUGUGGACAGAUGUGCUCCAUGGCUGUGGUGGAAAACGGAGAGGUCUAUGUCUGGGGUUACAAUGGUAAUGGGCAGCUUGGACUGGGCAGCAGUGGUAAUCAGCCAACGCCAUGCCGAAUUGCAGCCUUGCAAGGCAUUCGUGUACAGAGGGUUGCCUGUGGCUGUGCACAUACGUUAGUGCUAACAGAUGAAGGUCAGAUUUAUGCCUGGGGAGCCAAUUCAUAUGGCCAGUUAGGUACUGGGAAUAAAAGUAACCAGUCUUACCCUACAACAGUUAUUGUGGAUAAGGACAGAGUUAUAGAGAUCGCAGCCUGCCACUCUGCUCACACUUCAGCUGCCAAGACCCAGAGUGGCCAGGUGUACAUGUGGGGCCAGUGCCGUGGCCAGUCUGUGGUCCUUCCCCACCUCACUCACUUUGCCUGCACUGACGAUGUGUUUGCUUGCUUUGCUACCCCUGCCGUAAUGUGGCGUCUUCUGUCAGUAGAGCCUGACGACCAUCUAACCGUAGCCCAGUCACUGAAGAAGGAAUUUGACAACCCUGAAACUGCAGACCUAAAGUUUCUAGUGGAUGGAAAGUACAUCCACGUCCAUAAAGUUCUUCUCAAAAUUAGGUGUGAACAUUUUCGUUCCGUACUGAACAAUGAUGAUGAAAUUAUAGAAAUGAGUGAAUUUUCUUACCCUGUUUACCGAGCCUUCCUGGAAUACCUGUAUACAGACAGUAUUAGGCUCCCUCCUGAAGAUGCAAUAGGACUGCUAGAUUUGGCAACCCUCUAUCGAGAAAACAGAUUGAAAAAGCUUUGCCAGCAAACAAUCAAACAAGGCAUUUGUGAAGAGAAUGCGAUUGCUCUUCUUUCUGCCGCUGUCAAAUAUGAAGCUCAGGACUUGGAAGAAUUUUGCUUCAGAUUUUGCAUAAAUCAUUUAACUGUUGUUACACAAACGCAAGGCUUUGCAGAAAUGGACCACGAUCUCCUGAAAAACUUCAUUAGCAAAGCAAGCAGAGUGGGAGCAUUCCGAAAUUGAGACCCGAGUACCACCAAGCUGAAGAGCACAUCCUCUUCCCUCCUGGAAAUACUUCUCCCUUGGAGAACUUACCCGUGGUCAGAACGUGCAGAGGUGUGGAAAGAAAGACUUGGUGUCCACCAGCUUAGGAAGUGUCUCGAAGUCUGCUCACGUACAGCUUUUGGAAAGAUGACUUCCAGCGUAGAUGUAUGGUGAGAGUUCAUUGCCAGCAGUCAGAAUUUGACAGCAGAAUCUAAUACAGUAACUUCCCUUUCCCACUUAAGCAAACUAAGCUGUCAUUAUCUCGCCUAUUUUGAGUAUUUGCUUUUCGGUUUUUUAAACAACCUGUAUCUGGAUUUUAUGAGGCAGUGACGUGUUUGCUGCUAAAACUUCUAUAGUGUACUUUUAUCACCAAACUAAGUUGAUAUGCCGUAGUGGGCUUCUUUGUGCCUGGUUUAUCAUCCAGUGAAGAUACAAACUUGUUUUUCUGAAUACCUGCUAUCAAUUUUGUUGCGAGGAGAGGCUUUCUGAUUGGUAGGAGGUUUUGUCUCACUACAUGUUCAUUUGGAGUGUAAAUACUUAAAACCAUGAAGAGCCUCAGCUAGAUAUCACAGGAUAUAGUUCCUGGCAGUUACGCCCAUUGUUCUAGACAAUGACAAAACUCUUUCUCUCCAUUACAGCAAGCAUGUUCCCUGGCACCCCAGUGGGGCAGUGAACAUUCAAUAGUAUCGGUCUGGACACGAAUUACUGUUUUCUGAGUGUUUCUGAGCACUCUGAAAAACAUCUGGUUGCUCGUUACUAAGAAAAAGAAACCCGAAUGAAAUCUCCAGGAAAGGGAAGUUCCACUUGAGGUUUGUUUGUUUAUUCUUGUCUUACUGCCUGUCCCCAGAUAGAUUAUUUUACGAAAAGUGGAGAAAGAAGAUAAUUUUAAAGCGAAAAAAAUCGGUCUUAUGAUUAAAUCAUGGAAGUGAGACUCAGGCCAUUUUCCUUCUGGCAAUAGGGCACCCGGUCCAAAUACGUUGCCGUAGGUUCUCCGUUGGUCCCUAAGGGGGACCACACCGCGUGCAUUACAUGGCUACUUUAGGUGAGAGGAGAUGCCCUCUGGACGUGCCUCUCAUAUCACUGACCAUCAAGGGUGAUGGGAUGGCUCACGUGGAGUGGGUACUUGAUUUCUCACUGACUACAGUGAGCGAAGAUGAAAUCCCGCUUCGUGUUACGCAGAGGGGGGUUGCCCCUUUACGGAAGAUGCUGAGCUCAUGAAGCAGUUACUUCUAUUUUUUUUUUAACAGGCAACUGUAAAUUAACUCUGAGAAAUUAUUUAUCUUGAAAGACUGCAUGAAGUGGCUGUAAGGGCCUUUUGUGGGAUUUUACAAGUGCAGAAGGCAAGAAGCUGACUGUCUAGGCUCUGUGCAUGGAUACGUCAUGCAGGCUUCACUCAGACCCUUGCUCUCACACAGAAUCCUUUGGUGACUUACCCUCAUCCUCACGUGUGGUUUCCAAGAACCACAUUUAAUUCCCUUAACUGAUCUCAGCUUCAUUUCGUCAUUUCUGAAGUGGAAAUAGUGGUCCUUCAUUAUGUCAGAUUAUUAUUUCUCAAGCAAUCAUAUUCCUUGAGGAGGAGGAAGAGGAGAAGCAAGUCUGAAGAGAAGAUGAGGAGAAGGAGCGAGUAGUUCCUCUUUUCACAUCAGGCUCUGCGGAUGUGAUUGGCUGGGUGAGGUGUGCAGUCAGCAAAAUUUACAUAGGAAGAGGGCUGGAAGCAAAUUAAUUUGGAAAAAUGCUCUGGUGAAAAAAAAUCACUUCUGUUUUCAAACCAUCACUAGAAAGAUACUGAAUUACCUACUGGUACCAUGCUUUUUUUCCAUCCCCUGAUCAUACAGCUUUGUCCAGCAGCAUAACUCCAUCCUUCAGCAGCUGUGUCACUAUUUUAUAUUUAAACAGACCUGGUCAAAACUUUUCAGUACAUAAUGCAGUUUCAUCAAAACCACAACUUCCCUCGGGGGGGGGGAAAAGAUCUGUUUUGAUAAUUCUGCGUUGAAAGGCACUUGAUGCAGGCACGCAGAUAAAACAUUAUUCAGAAUGGGGGCACAAGUUUACUGCAAACCUCACGGGUUUUGGUUAAAACAUCUUUGCCCAGCAUUAAUGAUAUCAAGAACACAGAUAUAAGGCAAUGCUACAUGAGCCGAGACCGGGGAAGGCCAAACCUUUUGGGUGAGCCAGGAAUGGAUGGGGGUGAAGCCUUUGUCCCCUUCACCCCUGGGCCCGAGACCAGCCUGGGUAGUUAUGAAAUGAUAAGUUCAAAAAAAAAAAAAAAAAAGUACGAUAAAAGUCUCUCCAAAUACUCCUGUUGUUUUACUUAACGAACCCAAACUGGCAAAAUGAAAUGUCCAUUUUAUUUAUUUAUUAUUCAACGUCUGAUCAAAACCUUUCUCUGCUCAGUGAAGAGCCUGGCUCCCCAGGGAUCCCACUCCCUGGACUUAAAGACACCACUCUCCUGUGCAGGCUCAGGUUCACAAUGCAGUGGUUCGACAUCCUGAGAGCCCCAGAUAGAAACUACUGCAGUCAAAAUGUUUUCUUAGCAAGGCAUUUCUUGGCUUAAUAGGACCAAUAGUGCCUUUGGUUGUUUUUGUGUGUUGUUUUUUUUCCCCCGAUUCAUUUUUCUCCUGCUCAUUUCCCACCUCCCGUACACAUUAAAGCUUAGCUGUAAUUUCAGAAUAGCUGACAAAGCCUGUAAUUUUGAGAGAAAGCAUCUCCGGACUGAAAGAAGGUGAUUCUAAAGAUCUCAUAUGUCUGUGUUGGCUUUUAUUCAUGCAAUGUGUAUCACUUGACCUGGAUGUGACAGUAUUUUAUUCCUAGAGACGUUUAUUUAUUUGUUAACCGUCAUUUGCAUGCACUUUCCUUGGCACUUAAAGGUCAAUGUUUAAAGAAACAUACUGGCUUAAGUGGUUAAAUUUGGAUGCUUGUGCAUAAAUGUGCUUGAAACCCGAUCAUGGGACGCUUUAGAAGAAAUUAAGGAUGCAUUUUACCAUUGUACGAGUGUCUGCAAAAAAACUUACAUUGUGGAUCUUGCAGGUUAAGUACUUAAUAGAGGGGUGGGUCUCGUUCUUUUUUGGGGGACACCACAAACAAAAAAUGUAUUUGUUAUGUGAAAAUGUGGUCCAGCAUAAAAUGUGCCUGGGGUUGAAAUAAAGAGAGAUCUUCAACUUCUCAGAAAGGGUGGAUCAAAUUUCUGAAUCAAGUGGAAUUUGGAAGAAAAGAUAGAACAGGAAUAGGAUCACUUCAAAGUUACGUUACUGAAAUAAAAGAGUUACAAUUGCGAUGCCAUUUAGUAGUUUUGUUAUAAUACCUGGUAACUCUGUAAAGUGCUGUUUUUAUGUUGUCUGAGUAAUUUCCAUGCGCUUUCCUUGUAAAACAAAGCAUUUAAUUACUCCAUAGAGACAGGACUCGCUGGGUACCACCUAAUGAUGUAGAAAGUUUACAGCCUGAACAUAAAAAAUAUGUUUUGAUUACUUGUUUCUUAAUAAACUUGCCUGGUUGUAACAGACCAUUAAUAAAAAUGCCAUAGUAUUUAAAGAGUGUGAGUGGGAUUUUUUUUCUUCCUUUUCAUCAAAGGGGAAGAAAGUCUGACUAAUGUUUGCUCAGAUUUAUAAGCUGAGGUGGCUAUGUAGUUAGUAACGUGGGAAAAGAAGAAAUAAAGAUACUAUUUCAGAGAGAGAUUUAAUUAAAAGACCAUUAGUGUUUUUAAGGAAAAUAACUGCCACCAGAUAAAGUGUAUGUAAGCAGAAUGAAAACUGAGGCUGCAAAGCAAGAGGGCUGGAGAAUUUGCAGCAGUCUGUUUCCACCUUUCACAUUAAUGCCCUAGUGAUUAAAUCAUUAAAAAAAUUGCUUCAGACCACCAAGAAUUGCUUCUGAAGCAGAUGUAAGUUAGUACCCGCUUUUAUGACCAGCUUAUUUAUUACAUUUUAAAAUAUCUCAACUUGCACUUUGCACCAGUAUCACUCAGCCCUCGUCUGAGCACUAUUCAACACCUCCAAGUCAAAGGCAGAGAAGAGAGAAUAAGUUCCAGUGAGAACAUAAGAACAAACUGUUGGGAAAGAGGACAGCAAAAAGAAAUUAAGGCUUAAGGUAUAAAACUACAAAAGUCUGGGAGUCAGCACCUCCAUCUCGAGACGUCUGCAUGGCCAAGGCAAGCCACUGAAUUCCCCUCAGCAUCAGGGGAGAGAAGUGGGCCUUUCUGAGACGUGGAGGCUAAUUAUUCUCUGCUGGCGUGUUCCUCCACGCUCAUUAGGGAAGUUUGAUCAGGGGUACGAUCCUCAGCAUUAAGGCACACAAAAUGCCUGUCACGUCACGUUUUCCAUCCAACUCUUCUGCUCUGGAGUCUAAUCUUUUUCCCUGAAUACAGGUUCAAAAGCAUAGGGCAUUUUGAGUAGAUCCAGGCCUUGCUGUAAGCUGUACUCUCAAACACAGUGAGAUUUCAAAAUCUGAUAAGAAGCUGAUAGUUGCAAUGUGCCUUUCUCUGCAUAUGUAUCUGCACAAGAAGAUGUUUUUAGAGGGGGCAGGGACUGGCAAGUUUGCAAGUGCACUUGUGUGCUCUCGGCAUUAUGUCACGCGUGUCAGUUCUGUAAAUAACCCCCCAAGCCCAGCAGAGCUCUGACUCACCGGCACCUAUAGACUCUCUCGUAAGGCAAAGACAGGAAGCAUGCACGGCCGAAGUGCCUGCAGCUGGACACCUGGCUGAGGAAGCGAUGACAGCUCACGCUCCCGUUUUGACAUCUGGGCUAUUUUCAGCAGUUCCGACAAGAAGAGAAUCGGUGGUGAAAAGCAGGGUGGUGCAGCGACACGAAAGCUUCUCAGUGCAGACAGGAACUUCUCCAAGGACUGUCUCAGGCACCCCUGCAAGGGCUGUGCCAUACAAAGCCGUCUGCUCAUCUAAUAAAAUUACCAACUAUUCGUCUUUGAAAAGCUAUUUUAUUUGUUUUGAAAGGAGAGAAACUGAUUAGUUGUAUAAAAUAUUAUCAUACAUUUGAUGUAAAGCCUUCAGUCUGUUUGAGCAAAAAAUACAUUGUCACAGUAAAGAAAUAACAGAUCUGUUUGGUACUGGGCUCUGUAACGUUACCCCUGGAGGCUCUCACCAAAGGAGCACUGAGGAACUUCAACUACUGUAACAGAGCUUAGAGAUGGCGACCCCAACACAACACAUAUUCUGUUUGCAAAACUGCAAAAAGUGAAAAAAUAAACAUAGGGUACUCUUAACGCUUCUGUACAUCUUUCAGGAAGAAAGUUGAAGCCAUAUUGAGACUUUAAAAAUAGCUCAAUUUUAUUUUAAAAUUCAGUGACAAAUCCGGGUGCUGUUUGCAGCAUUUUAGUAGCUCUAGGGUUAGCUUCUGAUCAACACCAGAACUGAUCUUUAAAAUGUACUACUGUAAGUAUUCUAGGUUCAGCUAUACAAUUUCUAAAUAAGCUACCCAGAGAUGUUUUAAGUUGUUACUGUGCAAGGAACAGCAGGCUUUUCUACUAUAACUGUAUUAAUUUAAGUAGCUGCAAAAGCUACAUUUCAUUAAAAAAUGGGUAAUUUAAAAGUGGGAUCUCAUUUACUUAUGUAAAAGUAUUAUUUCUUAUUUCUUCUUAUUUCUACUAGGAAAUAAAACAGGCUUUCCUUAACUGGCUAUUUUGCAAACCCUUUAUCAUUGCGAGAAAAAAUCCAGUAUCCAAAUCAGUAAUUUACAAAUACAUUUUAAAAA